CUCUGGGGCGGAUGGUGCGGAGCGUCCUGGGCUACUUCUCCGCCCGGGCCGAGGGCGCCGCGGGCCUCCGCGGUGUAAGGUCUCGGUCGCAGAGGGUGGCAGCGAGGACUGCACGGGACUACGGGACACUGCAUGCGCCAGGCGCGAGGUGUGAUCAGCAUUGGAAAAGAUGCCUGCUCCAGCUACCACAUAUGAAAGAGUAGUUUACAAAAAUCCGUCUGAGUAUCACUACAUGAAAGUCUGCCUAGAAUUUCAAGAUCAUGGAGUUGGACUGAAUGCUGCACAGUUCAAACAGCUGCUAAUUUCAGCCCUGAAGGACCUGUUUGGAGAGGUUGAUGCUGCCUUACCCUUGGACGUCCUAACCUAUGAAGAGAAGACCUUGUCAGCCAUCUUGAGAAUAUGUAGCAGUGGUCUUGUCAAAUUGUGGAGUUCUUUGAUCCUAUUAGGAUCCUAUAAAGGCAAAAAAUGUGCUUUCAGAGUGAUUCAGGUUUCUCCAUUUCUCCUUGCGUUAUCUGGUAAUAGUAGGGAACUAGUAUUGGAUUGAAUAGCCUUCAAUUUCAAAAACAUUUCUCCGCUCUCAAAAGUAUUUUUUGGUGCCUGCCUGAUGUUUGAAGAUUGAAGCAGGCUAAAAGCCUCGUUGAUGAAAUUUGAGGGUGCCGAAGAUGUUCCCAGUAAUUUCCAGCCAUCGCCUUUGUUGGGGUGGGCUUCAGAGGAGAGUCUGCCUGAACCAGCCAGUGCUGAACAGGCAGCACUUUCAGCAUAUGCACAUUAAAGUUGGAGACCGGGCUGAACUUAGCAGGGCCUUCACACAGAGGGAUGUGGCUGCCUUCUCAGAAUUAACGGGGGAUGUCAAUCCUUUGCAUUUAAAUGAAGAUUUUGCAAAACACACCAAGUUUGGAAAGACGAUUGUACAUGGAGUUUUGAUCAAUGGACUUAUCUCAGCUCUGCUGGGUACUAAAAUGCCGGGACCAGGCUGUGUAUUUCUUUCCCAGGAAAUUAACUUUCCAGCGCCUUUAUAUAUUGGAGAAGUUGUUUUAGCUUCUGCAGAAGUGAAAAAGUUGAAGCGGUUCAUUGCUAUUAUUGCAGUGUCAUGUUCUGUAAUAGAGAGUAAAAAAACUGUUAUGGAA